AUCAUGCAAAACCAAAGUUUUGUAACUGAAUUUGUCCUCCUGGGACUUUCACAAAAUCCACAUGUCCAGAAAAUUGUAUUUGUCAUAUUUCUGUUCAUCUACAUUGCGACUGUUUGUGGUAAUCUGUUGAUUGUGGUAACCAUCGUCAGUAGUCCAGCACUAAUGGGCUCCCCAAUGUACUUCUUCCUGGCUUUCUUGUCAUUCCUGGAUGCAUGUUUCUCAUCUGUUAUUGCCCCCAAAAUGAUUGUUGAUGCUCUCUAUGAGAAGAAAACCAUCUCCUUUGGAGGCUGUAUGACCCAGCUUUUUGCUGAACACUUCUUUGCUGGAGUGGAGGUGAUUGUGCUCACAGCCAUGGCUUUUGACAGAUAUGUGGCCAUCUGCAAACCUUUGCACUAUACUUCCAUCAUGAACUCAAGGCUCUGUGGCAUUCUGAUAGGGGUAGCUUGGGCAGGGGGAUUUCUGCAUUCCAUUAUUCAAAUUUUCUUUACCUCCCACCUACCCUUUUGUGGUCCCAAUAUCAUUGAUCACUUCAUGUGUGACUUGUACCCAUUACUGAAACUUGCCUGCACGGAUACUUAUAUCUUUGGCCUUUUGGUGGUGGCCAACAGUGGGUUCAUCUGCAUCCUCAUCUUCUCUAUGUUACUUGUAUCUUAUGGGGUCAUCUUGUUCUCCCUGAGAAACCACAGCUCUGAAGGACAGAAGAAAGCCCUCUCGACUUGUGGAGCUCACAUUGCUGUUGUGAUUUUGUUCUUUGUUCCAUGUAUUUUUGAGUAUGCUCGGCCUCCAUCUGCUUUCUCUUUUGACAAAACAGUAGCAAUAUUCUAUACUAUCUUAACUCCUUUUAUCAAUCCUUUGAUUUACACUUUCAGGAAUAAGGAAGUGAAAAAUGCCAUGAGGAAACUAUGGAACAGAUUAUUUGUAGUUUCAAGUGAAAAAUAA